GCAGCGGGCGGCCGCUACUCACCGGCACCGGCGGGAGGGCGCGGUGCCGCCCGCGCUCCCGGGACAAAGCGCGGCCAUGAACCGGCUGUAGGCCCCUGGCAGCCAGCCGCUGCCCCGCUCCCUUCGGCCGCCGUGGGGGCUCCGAGGGGUGGUGUGGGGGUGUUUCUUCUCGUCGCCGGCGGCGCGGGGUGGAUGCCGGCUGUGACCGGCCGCGCCCGGCACCAUGCACACCGUGCAGAAGGACACCACCUUCACCAAGAUCUUCGUCGGGGGGCUGCCCUACCACACCACCGACUCCUCCCUCAGGAAGUACUUCGAGGUCUUCGGGGAUAUCGAGGAGGCGGUGGUGAUCACCGACCGGCAGACGGGCAAAUCCCGGGGAUAUGGCUUUGUGACCAUGGCAGACAGAGCUGCAGCUGAAAGAGCAUGCAAAGACCCCAACCCCAUCAUUGACGGCAGGAAAGCAAACGUCAACCUGGCAUAUUUGGGAGCAAAACCAAGAAGUAUUCAAACUGGUUUUACCAUAGGUGUGCAGCAGCUCCAUCCAGCCUUCAUUCAGAGACCCUUUGGACUCACGCCUCACUAUGUUUACCCCCAAGCUAUCAUCCAGCCCAGCGUGGUGAUCCCUACCCCUGUGCAGUCCAUCACGUCUCCCUACAUCGACUACACCGCCGCCAGCCAAGCCUAUUCCCAGUACACCACAGCUGCCUAUGAUCAGUACCCCUACGCCGCCUCCCCUGCUGCCGGCUUCGUGGGAUAUGGCUACACGGGCGCAGUCCAGCCCCCCAUCACCGCCAGCAACCCAGCAGCUCCCACCACCGCCUUCGUGCAGUACCAGCCCCAGCAGCUGCAGCCUGACCGCAUGCAGUGAGGCCCUGCCCAUGCCUUCGCCACCGAGGACAAUCUCUUACAGUGGUAGGAUAUGACUAGGACAAGAAAAGCAGCGACAAGGAAACAAUAAAAGAAACAAAGCAACGACAAACAAAAAGAGAAAUAAACCACCCCAUCCCUUUAUCCCCUUUACACAGGUGCAUAUCCAUACCUGAGCUAUUUAUAGUGUUAAGGGCAAACCCACGUUGCAGUCUGACCGUGCUUACAAAAAUGGACUUCCGGUAAGUUGGUUUUUGGGUUUUUUUUUUU